ACUUCCAAAGGUAUCUUAUUAUUAUUAAUAUGAUUAUAUUCAUCGAGAGAUCUAUAGGUGGCGCCACCAUGGUGGUUCUUUUUUCUUUUUAGAGAAGAAGAAACGUCUUCCUGUUUGCCUUUUUUCUUCGGUCCCUUUUUUCUCCAAAAUGGCUGCUGCCAGAAGAUUGAAACGCGUGGCAGCCUCACAAGCUGGUUUCUUAACUUUAAAGAGUGCUGUAGACCCUGAUGACUUGGUCAGUAGUCGGAGAAAACGAGUAAACAAGAAUAAGAAAAAAAAUUGGAAUAAACACAGUUACAUAAAUGACGUGGAAGACUUUUUAGAAGACGUCAGGCAUCAAGAAAGAACUACAGGGGGGCUUCUAUCUGAGAAGUCUGACGACAGUCUUUUUUUCCUGGAUGUUGGACAGUCAGAGAAAGCUGAACAGAAGGCACCAGAGCCUGUGGAGGGAAGGAAGAGAAGAGGUAAAGCGCCUCGUCCCCUGAGGAUAGACCUAAUCCUACAGCGUGACUCUCUUGUCCCACCACCAAAAGAUGUGCUCGCGUACCAGCAACCAAAUGCCAAGAAACUCCGUCGCAUUGCCCAGAAGGCUGAGCAGCUGGCAGCUAAAGGUGUGGUGCCACGGAGGCAGAAACGGCUGCUGAACAGACGGCCUGUUGACAGGACAGUCAAGAAGUCAGCAGCAGCGGCCAACAACAACCCAGACAGGAACUAUUAUGACAUAUGGGAGGAAAAGGUCAAAGACUCGGCUGAUCCCUGGUAUCUUAAACAGACAUGCAAAGGACCGGUUAAGCGUCCAGAGAAGCUGAGCCAAAAGCCGUCCGUGAUUCCGGCUGUGGAAGUCAUCGCUCCGGGAGGAUCCUACAACCCAGACUUCCUUUCCCACCAGGCUUUGCUUAGGGAGGCCCAUGAGGUGGAAGUCAAGAAACAAAAACAAGAAGCCAAACUCGAGAAACAGUUGGCUGUCAACAGAGAAGACACGGCCACAGAGGAGACAAACCUCCGCGAGCAGGUAGAAGGUUUGGUGGAGGAGGACGACGAGAAAAUCGGGGACGAAGAGGCAGCUCCUAACGAGGAUGAUGAAGAAGCAGCUGUGGCAGCCAUCGCUGUGGCUGAGAAGAAGACGGAAAAACAGAGAAGAAAAGAGAAAGCGGAAAAAAUUAAGGCGCAACGGCGCCUGGCCAGCAGACGGCAGAUUGACCAGAAGCAGCAGCUGUUCCAGCUCCGCUCCAUAAAGACCUCCAUCAAACACCAGGAACACGAGACAGAGACCAAACAGAUUAAACGGAAGGCCAAACAGGAGGCCCAGAAAGCUCAGCCCAGACGUCUCGGCAAACUCAAAUUCCAGGCUACGGACCUGGAGGUACAGCUCAGUGACGAACUGGCUGGCUCCCUUCGGCAACUCAAGCCAGAGGGCAGCAUCCUAAAGGAUCGCUUCAAAAGCCUGCAGAAGAGGAACAUCAUUGAGCCCAGAGAAAGAGCCAAGUUUAAGAGGAGACUGAAAGUUAAAUACGUCGAGAAGAGAGCCUUUAAAGAAAUUGCAUAAAGACCCGUGAAACUGUUAAAUAAAGUAUAACUCAAAGAACCGCUUGAGUGUUUUCUCUUGCAUCUGCUGACAGCUUUCAUAUU